AUGGCUAUGGUGGGAGAAGCUUUUCUCUCUGCUUCCAUUGAGGUGCUGCUUGAUAGGAUUGUUUCUAGGGAUGUCCUGAGGCUUAUCAAAGGAAAGAAACUUGAAGCUAUGCUGCUGAAGAAACUGAAGCCAACCUUGAUGUCGGUGAAAGCUGUGUUGGAUGAUGCUGAAAAUAAGCAGAUUACCAACUCAAAUGUCAAAAGUUGGACUGAUGAGCUCAAAGAUGCUGUUUAUGAUGCCGAGGACCUCCUGGACGAGAUCUCUACUGAAGCUCUUCGGAACAAGAUCGAAUCCGAAUAUCAAACUACUGUUAUGAACCAGGUUAGUAGCUUUUUCUCUUCUUUCAAUCCUUUCAAAGAUGGGAUGCAGUCCAAGCUGGAGAAUAUCCUUGGGAGACUAGACAAUCUACUCAAUCAAAAACAGAUUCUGGGUCUGAAAGAAAACUUUAAAGGAGAAAACGCAUUUCAAAGAACGCCUGCAACUUGUUUGGUGGAGGAGUCUGAUGUUUGUGGCAGAGAUGAUGAAAAAGAAGAAAUCAUGAAGUUGUUGGAUCCUCAAAAUCUGUAUGAAAAUCAGAUAGAUGUGAUUCCCAUUGUGGGUAUGGGCGGGCUUGGCAAAACCACCCUUGCCCAAUUGAUCUACAAUGACCCCAGAGUGGAUAAGUGGUUUCACCCCAAAGCAUGGGUGUGCGUUUCAGAGGAAUUUGAUGCUUUCAAGGUAACCAAAACCAUUCUUGAAGAGAUCAAAUGUAGCUGUGAUGGAAACCAGAACUUAAAUCAGCUUCAACUUAAACUCAAAGAGCAGCUGUAG